AAUGUAUUGGGCGCUAGAGAUAAAUAUAUAUCCAACUUGUUAACGCUCUGAGAUACAUCCAGUUUCCAGAUCCUUCAUCUUCCAUGGAAGCUCAACCCACAAAAGCACUUUCCUUCUCUUUACCCGUCGAUCCUGCAGACCAAAAGGCCACCGAAUUCCGACCUUUCUCAAUAGCCCCACCCCACAUGCGAGCCUUCCACCUUGCAUGGCUCUCUCUCUUCUCAUGCUUCUUCUCCACCUUCUCCAUUCCUCCUCUCGUGGCCAUCAUCCGCGAGGACCUCAACCUCACCGACACCGAUAUUAGCUACGCCGGCAUAGCCUCCUUCGCCGGCUCGAUCUUCUCUCGCCUCGCCAUGGGACCCGUAUGCGACCUCGUGGGCCCUCGAGUCGCCUCCGCCACGCUGUCUCUGCUCACCACGCCUGCAAUACUCUCAAUGUGUCUAAUCUCGUCGCCAAACUCGUUCAUUCUCGUCCGCUUUCUUAUAGGCUUCUCACUGGCGAACUUCGUCGCCAACCAGUUCUGGAUGAGCUCCAUGUUCUCCGGCUGCGUUGUCGGGCUCGCCAACGGCGUGGCGGCCGGGUGGGCGAACACGGGCUCAGGCGUCACCCAGUUGGUCAUGCCGCUCAUAUACUCUCUCAUCAUGUCCUUCAACGUAUCGUCUUUCACUGCUUGGCGUGCUGCGUUUGUCGUCCCCGCGAUUUUCCAAGCAGUUACGGCGAUAAUGGUCUUGGCUUACGGCCAAGACCUACCUUCCGGGAACUACAAACGUUCCCGCGCGAUCCCGAAAGAGAAUUUCUUUAAAAUUCUCUUCAAUGGGCUUAAGAACUACAGAGCGUGGAUUUUGGCUCUGGCGUACGGGUACAGUUUUGGAGUGGAGCUGACAACUGACAAUGUUAUAGCGCAGUAUUUCUACGAAAGGUUUGAUUUGAAUCUUGAGUUGGCCGGUACUGUGGCGGCGAGCUUUGGAAUGGCGAAUUUCUUUUCACGGCCAACGGGAGGAUUGGUCUCCGACGAAAUGGCGAAGAGGUUUGGAAUGAGAGGGAGGCUGUGGGCGUUGUGGGUGGUGCAGACGGUAGCCGGGUUGCUCUGUGUGUUGCUCGGACGAGUCAACUCGCUGUGGGGCUCCAUAGCUGUCAUGUGUUGUUUCUCUGUGUUUGUUCAAGCCGCCAGUGGCCUCACCUUCGGUGUGGUUCCUUUUGUUUCCAAAAGGUCAUUGGGAGUGAUAUCAGGGAUGACAGGAAGUGGAGGGACAGUAGGGGCAGAGGUGACGCAGCUCUUGUUGUUUACAGGCUCUAAAUUCUCGACGCAAACAAGCAUAUCUCUCAUGGGCGUUAUGAUGCUCAUCUGUACCCUCCCAAUUUAUCUCAUCUACUUCCCCCAAUGGGGGGGCAUGCUUUGUGGCCCUUCCUUUGAUCCUCACAAAACCGACGAAGAUUAUCACCUGCUCCAUUAAGGUUCCAAUACCCAGAAAUAGGCCGUCUGCUUGUGGAUGAAUGGAGCUCAAUUCGGAUAUAGCUCAUUUAAUAAUAAUUGACUUGAUCUUGACAUAAAAUUAUGCUAUAUUAUUAAUCGAGUUGAACUCGUAUGAUUUUUUUAUUUUAUUUUUUUCAUUUAGGCUUUAUAUUGAAAUUUUUUAGGAGUAAUUACAUUUCUCUAAUGAACUACUGCUCAUUGUUAA